AUGCUGCGCUCGGCGCCGCCGGGCCGCUACCUGUACCCCGAGGUGAGCCCGCUGUCGGAGGAUGAGGACGGCGGCAGCGAGAGCUCGGGCUCGGACGAGAAGCCCUGCCGCGUGCACGCAGCACGCUGCGGCCUCCAGGGCGCACGGCGCAGGCCCGGGGGCCGCAGGGCUGGAGCCGGCGGGCCGGGGCCAGGGGGGCGGCCGGGCCGCGAGCCCCGGCAGAGGCACACGGCGAACGCGCGCGAGCGGGACCGCACCAACAGCGUGAACACAGCCUUCACGGCGCUGCGCACGCUCAUCCCCACCGAGCCGGCGGACCGCAAGCUCUCCAAGAUCGAGACGCUGCGCCUGGCCUCCAGUUACAUCUCACACCUGGGCAACGUGCUGCUGGCCGGGGAGGCCUGCGGGGACGGGCAGCCGUGCCACGCCGGGCCAGCCUUCUUCCAUGCCCCGCGCGCGGGGAGCCCGCCGCCCCCGGCCCGAGACUCAGAGAAUGCGCAGCCUAAACAGAUCUGCACCUUCUGCCUGAGCAGCCAGAGGAAGCUGAGCAAAGACCGGGACAGGAAGACGGCCAUUCGGAGCUAG